UUUAAGCUUCAACCCCCAAAAUGUAACAACUUUGCCCGGAGUUGCUCGCUCUGCCUCUCUCUCGCAUUCUCUGAAUCUUUCUUCCGUCGGUUCCGUCGCUUGUCAGGAAUUCUGCAAGAAGAAUCCGACCCUUCUCUUUAUAAACUCGAAUAUAAUGUCCGGAGGGUGAGAGAUCGGAGAAGAGGGCAUAGAGGCGGCGCCGUGGAUGGCGAAGCUAUACGUGCAGUUAGUGCCGCCGGCGGAUCUGAACAAGAACACGGAGUGGUUCAACCCGGGGGUUUGGACCACCUACAUCCUCAUCCUCUUCUUCUCCUGGAUUCUCGUCCUCUCCGUCUUCAGCUGCACCCCGGGGACGGCAUGGACCGUCGUGAAUCUUGUCCACUUCGCCAUAACCUACCACUUUUUCCAUUGGAAGAAGGGAACACCCUUUUCUGAUGAUCAAGGAAUCUACAAUAACUUGACAUGGUGGGAGCAGAUGGACAAUGGCAAACAACUUACACGUAAUCGGAAGUUCUUGACCGUUGUCCCUGUGGUUCUGUCCUUCAUAGCUUCGCACAUGUCUGAUUACCGACAUCCAGUGCUUUUCCUGAACACGAUUGCAGUGAUCGUUCUGGUCGUUGCCAAAUUGCCCAACAUGCACAGAGUACGAAUCUUUGGGAUCAAUGCAGGUUACUGAGUGGCUAUUGAUGGAUUACAGAUUCCUUUUGUGGUGGUACUACAAGGGUCCUGGUGAUACUGAGCAGCCCAUGAGCCACCAAGUUGAUGCUUAUAAUGUCUUUGUACAGAAGCAACUCUUAAGUUGAUGCUUAUACUGUCUUUGUACAGAAGUAACCCGAGUUAAAACGAUGUCAUGAUGCUUAUGAUGAAUGAGAAGUUUGUUGUUCCCGCGA